UCAUCUUACCACUAUCAAAUUCAAUAAGAAGCCCAAGCAUUAAAAUAUUUCAGGCUUUAUUUUAAAGGCAAGUGAGACUGCUUCAAAUAAAACAACUCCAAGCUUCCAAGAAACAGUUAAGAGAAGGGCAGAAACACUUCUUCGCUGACACUCACACUGUUGCCAUGGACCUACAUAAGCAGUGGGAGAACACAGAGACUAACUGGCACAAGGAAAAGAUGGAAUUACUGGACCAGUUUGACAAUGAAAGAAAAGAAUGGGAAAGUCAGUGGAAGAUCAUGCAGAAGAAGAUAGAAGAGCUUUGCCAGGAAGUAAAGCUUCGGAGGAAAAUCAAUAUGCAUGAACGUGCUAGGAUCAUUGGUCUUGAUCUUGAGAAGACCACUCAAGACAAAAUGGUGGAAUCUUCUCCAGACGACCCCAGUGCAGGACAAUGUGAAUUUACAGGGAUGAGUCACAGGGACGGUCUGGGAAAAGAAAAGAAAAUAGAGCAGAGCUUAUUCACUGAAGAAAAUCAAAUGUGUAAAGAACAAAAAGAAACAAAAAAAUCAAAAGUAGGAUUUAUAGAUCCUUUGGCCGCAGACAAUCAAAAGGAAUGUGAGGCCUGGCCUGCCCCGAGGACUUCUGAGGAAGCGAGAAAGAGCUGUUCUGGCGCCCUUCACACUGCUCUUGAAGAACUUGCCAAAGUUAGUGAAGAAUUAUGCAGCUUUCAAGAGGAAAUUCGAAAGCGGUCUAACCAUAGAAGGAUGAAGUCAGAUUCUUUUCUCCAGGAAAUGCCAAAUGUAAUUAAUAUGCCUCGUGGGGACCACAUGAUCAACAAUGGCCAGUGCAUUCUUCCGGUUGAUUUAGAAAAAGAAAAACGGAAAAAUAGAAAGAAUCUGAGCUGUACCAAUGUGCUCCAAAGCAAUCCUGUGAAAAAAUGUGGAAUUGACACAAUUGAUUUGCAAAGAAAUGAAACUCCACCAGUUCCUCCUCCAAGAAGCACCUCUCGAAAUUUUCCCAGCUCAGAUUCUGAACAAACCUAUGAAAGGUUGAAGGAAAGUUUAGAACACAACAGCUGGGUGGCCCAUGAGGGUCUAAGUGAAAGGAACUGCAAUCUUCACUUCCUUUUGAGGCAGCAUGAAAUACCUAUGUUGUGUCCAAAUGAAGAAAAGACUUUGAAAGAUGGUAUCAUGUUUUCCUCUUUGGCACCAGAAGUCAAAAUAGAUAGCAAGCCUCCAAGUAAAGAUGUCGGCCUUAGCAUGUGGUCAUAUGACAUUGAUAUAGGUGCCAAAAAGAGUCCCUCCACUUUUUGGUUUCAGAAAACCUGCUCUAUUCCCAAUAAGCCAAAAUAUGAAAUGGUGAUCCCAGAUCACUCUGCUAAAUCUCAUCCUGAUCUUCAUGUAAGUAAUGACUGUAGCUCCUCAGUGACACAGAGCGGUAACCCACUUAGAAGUUUCAGUUGUGGCUUUGAAAGAACUACAAAGAAUGAAAAGCUGGCAGCAAAGACUGAUGAAUUUAACAGAACUGUAUUUAGAACAGAUAGAAAUUGUCAUGCAAUACAGCAAAAUCAAAGCUACUCUGAGGAUCUUAAGCCCUGUGAUACCUUGUCUACUCAUAUAGGUAACAUAUCAGAAAAUGACAAUGUGUCCGGUACUUGGAAAGCCAGUGCCCACAUGCCUGUGCCCAUGGAAAAUGUGCCUGAUAGUCCCACCAAGAAAUCCACAACAGAACUAGUCACACAAAUGCAGGGACACGUAAAUCCUCGCAGUUACCGGAAUAUGCUCCAUGAGCAUGAUUGGAGACCAAGUAAUUUGUCUGGUCGACCAAGGUCGGCUGAUCCCAGGUCAAAUUAUGGUGUCGUGGAAAAGCUGCUGAAAACCUAUGAGACAUCAACAGGGUCUGCGUUGCAAAAUUCUAAGCGCUUCCGGGAUAAUUGGAUCAAAUGUAAUUUUGAUGUCAGUGGUGGUGCCACAUUAAGUCAGCAUUUAGAAAUGCUCCAAAUGGAACAAGAAUUUCAGCAAAAGACAGCUAUGUGUGGGAGACAGCAAGUGAAGCAAGGAAUAGAUCAGAAAAAGCUAUCAGAGGAAUCCAUGGCGGUGAAAACUUCACAUGGAAAAGGAUUUUCCCGACCUGCUAGACCAGCAAAUCGCCGUCUCCCAUCCAGAUGGGCAUCUAGAUCUCCAUCAGCGCCCCCCGCCUUGCGGAGAACUGCCCACAGCCAUACAAUUUCUUUGCGAUCCGAAGCAUCAAUGAUCUAAGUCUCUGGCCUGGAUUGUGAGAUUACAAAAGUUCUAGUCCCAGUUGACAAACAGAACACUCAGUGUUUACAGCCAGUCCUGUUCUCUUCUGUAUCUUUCAAGAUCACUGGGACAAGCAACUUAAUUCUUAACUUUCCAUCAGUCUUCAGUGUUUUUAAUCCACGGAAUAAUUAUUUUCCUGUGUUUUGAUUUCUUAGAUCAGAAUUUUUUAAUGCCAUCCUCAUUAAUUUUCCAAUAUGAUUUAAGUUGAAACAAUGUAUAAUAUUGUAUAUUCAAACUUUCUUGCAAGUGGCAGAAAGCAAGUUUAUGUGCAUGGCCAUGUGUUUGUAUAGGUGCAUGUGAUGAAAUAGGAAGUAUCCUAGUAUGUAUUUAGAUUAGAAAAACUUAUGUGCUAGUGUUGACUUUGAAAUUAUAACAUGUAUACCUAUA